AUGAUUACUACUGAGGCAGAGCUGCUUUGUCACAGCAGCUGUCGUCUGCCUGAUCGUCCUUCCUACAUCUGGUACAAGAAUGGACAGAAAAUUCAGAAAGAAACAUCUUCUUAUUCAGGCUACUUUGAUUCUGCAGACAGUUAUUCCUGUGCUGUGAAAGGACUGGAGGGUUUCCCCUCUCCUUCAAUCUGGUUUAAAGAUGGUCUUAAACUGUUUUAUCUUUCAGGUAUUCGCGGUCAAAUCUGCAACAGAGUGACUUACACUGACAGAAGCAUCUGUGCCUUCAAAGGAUCAUCAGUGGACAUUUCUUGUACUUACAACAGUUAUGAAACUAUCAGAUCUAAAUUCUGGUUCAGUCCUGAACGUAGUCUUCAGUGGCAGAAUCCCUCACAGCCUGAGGACCUUAGUGAAGACUCCCAGUAUGCAGGUCGUGUUCAGGUCCUUGAAACAGAGAGAGGACGCUCCACUCUGAGAAUCACUGACCUGAGAGAGAGCGACUCAGCUGAGUAUCACUUCAAAUUCACAGCAGGAAGCUUUGAAUGGAGGAGUAGUUUACCUGGUACAACUCUGACUGUCACAGAUCUCCAGGUGCAGGUUAGCAGACCAAACGUUGGCAUGAUUACUACUGAGGCAGAGCUGCUUUGUCACAGCAGCUGUCGUCUGCCUGAUCGUCCUUCCUACAUCUGGUACAAGAAUGGACAGAAAAUUCAGAAAGAAACAUCUUCUUAUUCAGACUACUUUGUUUCUCCAGACAGUUAUUCCUGUGCUGUGAAAGGACUGGAGGGUUUCCCCUCUCCUUCAGUGUGUGAGUUUACUCCACAAUCUUCCACUAACAUAACACCAUCUGGUGGAGCCGAACACAUAACUACAUGUAUUUGUUUAACUACAUGCAUUGUGACUCCUCACCAGCUCUGGUUUCAAAAUGGUCAAGAAUUGUUUUUAUCUUUCAGGUAUUCGCGGUCAAACCUGCCAUAGAGUGACUUACACUGACAGAAGCAUCUGUGCCUUCAAAGGCUCAUCAGUGAACAUUUCUUGUACUUACAACAGUUAUGAAACUAUCAGAUCUAAAUUCUGGUUCAGACCUGAACGUAGUCUUCAGUGGCAGAAUCCCUCACAGCCUGAGGACCUUAGUGAAGACUCCCAGUAUGCAGGUCGUGUUCAGGUCCUUGAAACAGAGAGAGGACGCUCCACUCUGAGAAUCACUGACCUGAGAGAGAGCGACUCAGCUGAGUAUC